UGUAUAUUAAUUAAUUUAGGAAUAAAUAUGAAUCAAGACGAUCUUACGAGUGUAGCGUCUACCAAUUUUACUGGGGCUAGGAGAGCUACGGUGAUUGACCAAGCAGCAGUUGAUGAAGGUAUCAGGGCAGGAAAUAUUAACCUGGGUGACCAGAACUCUGGAAUGAUCACUGUUGGGUUUAGUCAGGAUAAUCAGGAAACAAUUAAUCGGCAAAGAGGUCUUAAUAGGCAAUAUGAUCUUGAGAGGCAAGCUAGGAGUGUUACUAUUCCAACCUCAGAUCUAGAAAUUAAAUCUCGAUUGAGAGAACUAAGACAACCCAUAACUUUGUUUGAUGAAGGUGUUGUAGAAAGAGGAGAAAGAUUGAAAAGAGCAAUUGCCGCAUUCAUGAAUGAUGAAGGUAGAAUGCCAUCUUUUACAAAGCCAAAUGAGCAAGCUGAGGUGGUAGCAAAGGAUGAAGAGUUUUAUUAUGAAGGACCUCCAGAACUCAAACAAGCGCGUAUAGAAAUAGCUAAAUAUUCUAUUCCUCUUUCUACUUUAAGAUUAGAUUUUACAAGAAAGCAGAGAAUAAUUCACGACAGACUCGAUGAUGAGUUCAAGUAUGCAGAUUAUAUCAACCAGUUCGGAACUUACGAAAUGAUGGCAUCUCAAUAUGCUGAUGAAAGAUGAGUCUCCAGAGGAGAUCUCUCUAAAGACAACAAACUCUUCGCCACUUCUGGCUGGUCAGGAGAGUCUAAGGUCUGGGGACUGCCUGAAGGUGAAGAGUACACAUUUGAUCUCUGCACUGAACUCAAAGGCCAUAGAGACAGAGUCAUUCACAUCCGGUUCCAUCCUCGCUCAACAGUUGAUCUUGACCCUGAUGGACCCAACCUUGCUACUGCUUCAGCUGACACGACAGUGAGGCUCUGGACUCUGAACCAAGAAUAUGAAAGCCAGAAGUCGAUCAUUUUCAGAGGACACGAAGACAGAGCAAACUAUGUUGAGUUCCACCCGAUGGGCACUUACAUUGCUUCUUCGUCUCACGACGAAACCUGGAGACUCUGGGACAUCGAAACUCAGAAAGAACUGAACUGCCAGGAAGGCCAUGUCGCUGCAGUGUAUCCACUUUCAUUUCAGAGCGAUGGAGCUUUGCUUGCAAGCGGAGACCUUAACGGAGUUGCUGCUCUGUGGGACCUCAGAGUUGGAAAGAACAUCCAGAGUUUUGUUGCCCACCGAAGAAAGUGCCUCUCGAUCAAGUUCUUGCCGAACUGUCACCAGUUUGCAACCGGAGGAGACGACAACCAGAUCAGGAUCUGGGACAUCAGAAAGAACAAGUGUGUCCACAUUGUGCCUGCUCACCUUCGACUAGUCAGCGGGAUCGAGUUCGAGCCAGAAGAAGGCAAGUUCAUGAUGAGCACUUCGUACGACGGAAGGUGAAGAGUCUGGAACACUCGUGAUUGGACUCCAGUCACUUCGUUAUCAGGGUAUGAGGCCAAGGUAUCGUCAGUGUCGUUUGCUAAAGAUGUGAGCUUUAUCAUCACAACAUCAUUUGACAGAACUUUUAAGUUGUGGGAACGCAAGAAGCCAGUGGAAGAGACUAAAGAGAGAGAAUUAAACCAAACUAAAGAACCUGAAGAUACUCAAAUAGUGCCAACAGAUAAUUAAAUGAG